AUGUCUAAAGUACAACUGAGCCAACAACAUUUACAAGUCUUAUCGAAAGGCUUAAAAUUUGUUCCAACACCCAAAGCAGUUCAUGCAGCGACUAAUAUUGUAAAGUGUGAAAAAGCAUUGUAUUCGACAUCUUUAGCCCUUAAGACAGCAGCAAUAUCAGAAAUGACCACAUUUAUUCAGCAAUGGACGAAAUCAAAGAAGUUAGAUUCAUAUAAAGAAAUGAAAUUGUUAAAUGAAAUAAAAUCAGUUGAAGACAUUGUCAUUGUUCAAGCUGACAAAGGUGGUAAGAUUGUUAUCAUGGAUAAGAAUGAAUAUAUUAUCAAAAUUUUGAAGAGAAGUUGAUUGAUGAAACAGUGUAUCAACAAGUAAAAAAAGAUUUAACAGAAUUAAUCAAGAAAAAGAUCAAAAAUAAAUUUUUUGUGAUACUCCUUCAAUAUCUCCAAAGGAGAAGGAGUUGAAGUUUUAUACUCAACAUUUCUAAGCUUUGGCCGAUUUGUUAACCUUCCAUUCCCACUCCACGAUUCAUCCUAAAAAUGAAUGUGUGUUCGAUUGAAAAGUAUGGUAUAUUCGAAGGGUGGUGUAUUUAUCUUACGAGGUCAGAGUAUUCGUGUUAAAGAAGGAUUUACACAGGAAAAUCUAAGAGAAUAUUUUCUCUGCUUCACCACGCUAAGUUGUUUUGGGAGAUAAUCUCUGUCACAUUUAACGGGUACACUUGCUGUUUUGGAUUUCACAUUAGUAACUUUUUUUAAUUGAUAAUAUCUUUUAUUUGUUGCUUCUGGACUCUUUAUAUUUAUUUAAGCUUUCUGAAUUCUCAGCUAUCUUUAAACUUCCCAAAUACCUUUCCGAUACCCGUUUCUCCGUAUGUACGAAUUUGUCGAAGUCUUUUUUCCGAGAUACACUCCAGUCAUGUAGUACUGCUUCCAUUUGGCUGUAUGAGUCGAAACACAAGAUUCGAAGAAUACAAAAGGAGAGUACUAUGUCUGAUUUAUGUCUUGUACCGACGUUUUCUUCUGAUGUUGAACUAUUUAUUAAGAGUAUGCCACAAAUUUCAUUCAAUUGUACGGAUAUGGAACAGAUAUGAAAAAUAGUAUGGUUCGUCAAAACGCUUAUUCGUUACCCAAGGAGAAAAAAAAUAUCGACUAUCGGGCGAUCUAGCUAGCUAACUCAAUAUACUACCCGAUAUAUCUAGCUAGCAAUUCGAAUUGGGUUAUUUACUAUCGGGCGAUAUAGCUAGCUAAUACGAUACAUUACUAGAUAUAGCUAGCUAGCCCAAUAUGUUACUCGAUAUAUCGACGCUCGGAUUACUCACCUUUUUGUUUUGCAGCCACU